CGACCCCCCCGCCCCCCAGUCAUGAUCUCGCGGACGCUGGGCCCUGAGUUUGGGGGCAGCAUCGGGCUUAUGUUCUACCUGGCCAACGUCUGCGCCUGCGGGGUCUACAUCCUGGGGCUGGUGGAGGCCGUGCUGGACGUCUUCGGGGCAGACGGAACAGACCCCCCCGGUGUCCGCGCCCUGCCCCAGGGUUAUUUCUACAGCUUCCUCUACGGGUCGGUGGUGCUGCUGGUCUGCCUGGUGGUCUGCCUGGUGGGGGCCCGGAUCUAUGCCCGGGCCGCCUUCCUCAUCUUCCUGGUGGUCAACCUGGUGCUGGUGGCCAUUUUCGUCAGCUUCGUGGCCGUGGGGCCCCGCCAGGUGGCCGUCGCCCGGGACGCCAACCACACCUUCAACGCCAGCUUCACCGGCUUCCGCCUGGCCACCCUGCGGGCCAACCUGCCCGCCAUGUACUCCCGCGAUUACACCACCAACAACGUCAUGACGUUCGCCACCGUCUUCGCCGUCAUGUUUAACGGCUGCACCGGGAUCAUGGCGGGGUCCAACAUGUCGGGGGAGCUGAGGAACGCCAGCAGCUCCAUUCCCAAGGGCACCAUCAUCGCUGUGGUUUACACCUUCAUCAUCUACUUCCUCCUCUUCCUCAUGACCAGCUUCACCUGUGAGAGGACACUGCUGAAGGAAGACUACGGCUUCUUCCGUUCCAUCAACCUGUGGCCGCCCCUGGUCCUGGUCGGGGUUUACGCCGCGUCCCUCUCAGCCUCCAUGAGCUCCCUCAUCGGGGCCUCCCGCAUCCUGCACGCGCUGGCCAAGGACGACCUGUUCGGCAUCGUCCUGGCUCCAGCCAAAAUUGUCUCCAAGGGGGGGAACCCCUGGGUGGCUGUUCUGUACACCUGGGCCCUGGUGCAG